CACCCAGACGCGCUCGCGAUGGCCCGGCGCCAUCAGCGCUUCCGCCAGAUGCUAGACGCCACGGCCCUGGAGGCUGUGGAGCAGCAGUUCGGCGUGAAACUGGACCGCAGGAAUGCCAAGACCCUGAAGAUCAAGUACAAGGGGACCCCGGAGGCCGCCGUGCUGCGCACGCCCCUACCCGGGGGAGCUCCGGCCCGGCCCGAGGGGGAGCCGGAGAGCCCUCUCCUAGAUUUUCCCUACCCCUACCGGCGCCCCGCGGCCUCCGGGAACGCUGCGGUCCCCCCGCCCCAGGCGCCCUCCUCUCCGGAGGCGGUCCGGCAGCCCGCCCCUACUGAGCCUCGCUACAGCGUGGUGCAGCGCCACCACGUGGAUCUCCAGGAUUACCGCUGCUCUCGGGACUCGGCCCCCAGCACCGUGCCCCACGAGCUGGCGGUCACCAUCGAGCUGCCGCUGCUGCGCUCGGCCGAACAGGCGGCGCUGGAGGUGACGGAAAAGCUGCUGUGCCUCGACUCGAGGAAACCCGACUACCGGCUGCGGCUCUCGCUCCCGUACCCGGUGGAUGAGAGCCGAGGCAAGGCGCAGUUCAACAAGGCCCGGCGGCAGCUGGUGGUCACGCUGCCCGUGGCACUCUCCGCCACACGCCCGGAGCCCGCCGCGACCGCUGAAGAGGCCGCCCACCCGCCC